AUGGUCUGCUAGCUCAGAUGGUGGUAGGACUGCAGGGAGUAAAGACGUGCCGCUGAGCUGUGCUUGGGAAGUGUUUGUUGGUGUUGGUGCUUGACACUUGAUGUUCCAGUGAGUUGUAGUAAAUGCAGAUCGGGCGCAGCAGUUUUGUAAGCGUGCCCAUGCGCCGCCAUGCCUUCUAUUGAUGGUGAGGCUGCAGCAGGAUACAGUGGUGGCAGUAUGAGUGGUGGAAGCGUCGCACCGGUGGUGGAGGCAGGCGAGCUGUGUGAGGUGCUGCGGCGGGCACAUGGAGUCGAGGAGAUACUGAUGCUAGAUUGCCGUGGCGCCGACGACUACAGAGCAGGACACAUCCGCGGGGCCGUGAGUGUAGGCCUCCCGUCCCUGAUGCUCCGGCGCCUGGCCUCGGGCAAGCUGAGUUUGCCUCAGGUCGUGCGACACUUGGCUGCUGACGGCGGAGAUCGGCUCGCCAGGCUCCACCAGUGUGUCCCUAUCGUUCUCUACGACCACGCCCACGCUAGCAACCCGCUCAUGCCCACACUCAUGACCAUCCUCUGUAGGAAGUUCAACCAGGAGGGCUGCAUCGCACACUGCCUAUCAGGUGGCUUCGAGGAGUUCCGGUCACGGUUUCCCGAAUGGUGCGAGAGCGCGCUGCCCAACGAACCGCCGAUCGUGGGCUUCAAGAGUCUGAGGAUCACGUGCCUGGAGGCCGAGGAGGACGUCGAAGGAGCGUGUGACUCCAGCCUCGGGAGGGACACCCCCCUCGACGACCUGGGCUUCCCCGUGGAGAUCCUGCCACACCUCUUCCUCGGCAACGCCAAGAACUCGGGAGAUCGAGAUGCGCUUAAUAGACACAAGAUUAGGUAUAUUAUCAACGUGACGCCAAACCUGCCCAAUGUGUUCGAAAAUUCCGGGAACUACAAGUACAUGCAGAUUCCCAUCGCCGAUCACUGGAGCCAAAACCUCGCUUCCUUUUUCCCGCAAGCAAUUCAGUUUAUUGAUGAGGCGCGGGAGGCGGGCGUGGGCGUGCUGGUCCACUGUCUCGCGGGAAUCUCUCGCUCCGUCACCAUCACUGUCGCCUACCUCAUGUACAAGGAGAAGCUCAACCUCGAGGAAGCCUACGAGUACGUCCGCGUCAAGAAGGCCAACAUAGCCCCCAACUUCAACUUCAUGGGCCAGCUGCAGGACUUCCAGCAGCAGCUCAACCUGUCGCCUCACAAGUGCCAGUGUGUGGCCGAGUGCCGCUGCCGCCACCUCCACUUCCUCACGCCGGCCCGCACGUCCCCAGACUCGGGCAUCGAGUUCGACCGCUUCUCAUGAGGGCUGACCCCCGCUGCCUCCAUGCCCGCGGGCGGCACCCCUAGGCUCUGCCUGGAGUCCCCUGCGCCGCCCGCCCUUCCGCCCGCGGGUGUGGAGGCAGUGUCCGGCCCUGGCGGGGCCCGGGCCGACGACCACACUGAGGAGGACGAGGGGAAAGGAGGAGACGAAGGGGAAGAAGACGAGGGGGAGGGAGGAGCGGAAGGAGGGAACGACGAGGAGGAGAGGGGCUCCGACCUCCCCACCUGAGCAGCCUCGGCGGCGACGGCCCCACCCAAGUGCCAAAGGUGACCCUCCCUCUCGCCUCCUACACGGCCCCCCUUGGGAGUGUCCUACCCCCCACCCGGGUGAGCCCCAGGGGAGGAGCCCCGGGUCACCACACACGGCAGGGGGGAGGGGCCAGGAGGAGCCUGCGGCCCCCCUUGCCAUAAUCCAAACUUCCAGGUACAAAUUUCUCGACGAGUGAUCUCGCUUCUUUCGGGGAACCGCGUCGGCCGGCGACGGGGCGCGGGGGCGGCGCCACCUCCUCCGCCCUCCGAGCCGGCGCUACGUUCAUUCAGAGGAAAAUAUCUUUUAUUUUUAAGGAAGAUAUGUGAACAGUUAUGAAGUGUGGUGUUCAGGCUGCCACGAGCCUCUAACCAGUGUGUUCAUCAGUUGAACUUCAGCGAGUGCGAAAAUGUGUGUGAAGGUUUGAGACGUUGUUUCUUCUGUACAGUUGUCUGGAUGCAACACUAUGAGGUGAUAAACAAUCAUAAAUAUUUCAAAAAAUACAAAAAAGUCUUAAAAGAAACCCAAAAACGUGAUACAGAUUGUUUUUUCCCAGUAUUUUGGUACCACAACAUUGAGAAAGACGGUACGCUUACCUUUCCAAAAACAAAAACAAAACAAAAAAACUUACGAGACGGCGACGGUGGGGUUUUGCAUAGAGAAAAAAAAACCCAAAAUGAAAAACCAAACCAAUCCCUUACAAUAUAUAUAUAUAGAUGUAUUCCCUUUGAUGUGGAGCGAGAGAGAGAGAGAGAGAACAAGAAAACCAAACCAAACAUAAAAAUAGAGGAGACAUUUCUCGAAAUACGAUAAAUAUUCUUACUGUUUUGGACUUCCAUAUUCAUUUCCGAAAGAAAAAAAAAAUGGCAAAAAAGUGUUUUAAAAAGUCCGUAGUGCACCUGUGUUUUCCCGCCAUCAAAGGGUUAAUCGUGACCUCGCCGCGCCUCUCGGACUCGCACCUCCUCAGGGAUCAGGUCAGGCUGGGUCACACGGAAGGAUGAACGGAAGGUCAUUCAUUCAGGGUCAUUUGGAAAGUAAAGAAAGAGGAAUAGGAAGGAAAAUUCUUAAAGGCAGAAGGGGAGGAAGGAGAAGAGAGAUGGAUAAGAACAAGGGAAAUUCAGUGAAUGAAUUCCCCUUGGAUGCGAGAGAGAAGAUCCUAAGGUGUAUAUGGUAAUUUUCUUUGCCUUGUCAUGCUCGACAGGUAGUGAUGUGGUUUGACCAUGUGUGAGCAGGGUAGAAAUGAUUUUGGAAUUUCUUGUGUGGGGUUCAAAACCCUUCAUUGUCAUUUGGCGUUUAGAAAAGGUAAUUAUUUUGGAUAUCCUCUCCCAUGACCCACCUGGCAAGACCCUGAGGCGAUGCAACCCCCUUGUAAAUUGCUUUAAAGCAGAAGAUAUCGGAAAAAAAAAACUAACACGAGUAUUUACACAUAUAUAUGUAUUUGUGAAACGGUCUACGUACAAAAUUAACAAAAAAAAAAUCAUAUGUAUCACAUUGAUUUCCUUUUUUGAAGAUAAAAAAAAUAAUAAUAAUAAUAAAUACAAUGAAAGUAAUAUAUUUUUAAUGUUAUAACUCGAACGGCCAAUGUGCUUUUUUAUUUCUUAUACGUGUACAGUUUAACUAGACUACCAUUAUUCAUAUCACCGCUCAAAUAUGUGGAUCACUUUGUACGGGCGGGCUCGGUGGAGGGGAGGGGGCAGCGCUCCCUCUGACUGCCAAAUCCACACUCUUGAUACCCCCUUCCUCCGCUGGGGCCCUCCUUCCCCCCUCUCCCCCUUCAUAUCCCCCCCCCCCCUUAAGAAUCCUCCGACAUCAACCCUAAGUAAUCUUCGCACAAUUCAUUGUCUGGACGUGUGUAUACGCAAUUGUGAAUGUACGUACAUGGCACUCCUAUGUACGUACGUCCCACAUUUGCAUGUACAUACAAGGAGUCGAUUUGGUGAUCUCUUUCAAAUAAGAAUGUGGCAACUGACGACCGCGAAGUGCCUUUAUGGAGUCGAACUUUCUUAUACACUAUGGAAGCUGAAGUCUUUAUAUAUUGUCGUAGACUGUCAUUCGUGCUCAUCCCCAUAGAGAUAGGAUAUUGUAUUUUUUCACUCGAAUCACCUAAACUUUAAAAAAAAUACUACAUUUAACGGAGUCUGCCGCGAGCCGUACUAUCUCCCCUCUGACUUUUCUUGUUUCUCUUUGUAAAAGCCCAGAGUACUUAAUUGUUUUACUUGUGUAUAAAUAAAGAGAAGAUAUUAGAUGUAGCUUUUGUGAAGAAAAUAACUUUUUUGAUGAGAUGUAUGUUCCCCUCCACCCUUGCCCCCCCCCCCCCCCCCCCAGAUAACAUGUACUGCAUGCCGAGAAGAUUCUCCCCCCAGCCCCCCUUUUCCUUAAAACUUGAGCUCGCGGUAAACAUGUCUCCCUCCUCCCGAAACCAGACAUUAUAAGCAUAACACGUACACACGCGUACACACCAUGACAUUAACACACACACGAGAGAAAUUUUUGUGUACACGGUCCGUGCGACAUACUGAUCACUCACGCUUAACCAUUGCCUGGCGAUGUGUACACAUUUUGAUCACACACUCGUCGCCUACCAGUCAGUAUUGCCAAGUAGCGGUGCGUCAAAGGCAGUGUUACGCUUCUAGGAACUCCGCUGGCCUAAAAAAAAAAUAAGUUUGAUCCUUAUUUUGGUCUCCACAAUGUAAAGUUCACGUAGGCCCAUACCAGGCGGAGGUAUAAAAUGUCUUUUGUUCUUGUGUUGUCCAGCAGCGAUCUCAGACACGGUGUUCUCAUAUCUACUACACAACAUAUACAAGAUACGAGGCCUAUAUAUACUGUAGGGGCUUUGUCGGUAUUUUUUUCAAACAGUGUUGGAUCCGAAUGUAAGACUAGUUAAGACUGCGGUCGUCUGUUUGAUCGCGAAACUUUAUUCGCUACUUUUUUUUUCAAAUUUUAUUACUGUUUGGUGUCUUGUAAUUGCCAUAUGCGCUUUGCGUUCUCGAGUUGUAGUAGACAAUAACAACAACCCGAUUUUGAAUGACGCUCCCCACGCCCUCCACACUCAUUCAUACUCCCAUCAUGACGUACACGCGUAUUUUUUACACACACACACACACACACACACACACACACACACACACACACACACACACACACACACACACACAGUUAAAAAAAAAAAAGACUUUUUGACCUGCUGGACCCCAGGAUCGUACUCUCCAUCCAUUUUCUGUACUCAUCCAUCCAUGUGUAUUCCUCAACAUUGGACACCACCAGCUUCCAUGCUCUACCCACAUGUAGCAAUACACUGACCCAUGUGAAAGUUGAUGCGCUUGAUGGAAAGGCAGGAUAGAACACGAGGUCUCCACUUUCAAAAGAAAAGACGCUGUAGGUUGUCUUCUGUUUGUAUUUAUUAUGUUUUUUUUAAUAGGUUUUCUAUUCGGUUUUGAUUUUUGUUCUGAGUGAACCCCUUUUUUUCGGGUGAAGAAAGUGAAUGCUGUAUGGUAUGUCACCUUUAGGUUGUUUCACUUGUUUAAAACUAAACUGCCUAUAUAAACUACACUGUACGGCUUUCUUUGUAUGUACAUACCUUACAAUAUAUAUAUAUAUAUAUAUAUAUAUACAUAUAUUAUGUAUUUAAUAUAUAUAUUAAAUAUAUAUUAUAUAUAUAUUUAAUAUAUAUUAUAUAUAUUUGAUAUAUAUGUAUAUAUUGUAUAUAUUAUAUAUAUGUAAUAUAUAUUAUAUAUAUAUAUGAGGAGUCUCCAGCACAAAUGAGAAGGCCUAGCGUCCUAUUCUGCCUUUGUGUCCCUUAGACGGAUAGCCAUCUUGAACCCGGAUCAGAACUGGCGACUGAACCUGGUUUUUGAUGAUUAUUCGGUUAAUUGAUCAUUUCCGAGAGAGAGAGAGAGAGAGAGAAGAGAUGAGUUAAAAGUCUUCUAUUUUGCAUUGAGAUAUAGAUGAAAAAGAAUAGUUUUUUGUAAUAGUAUUUACUGUUACUGUUAUUACUCUAUUUAACUAGGAAUAUCGUUAUGAUAACUAUCCAUAUAGUUAUUUUUUAUUAUUAUAAUUAUUAUGAUUAUUGUAAUUAGUACUGUUUAUAUUAUUAAUUUUUCCCCUGAGUCCUCCUUUUUAAGUUUUUUAAUGUAAUGCAAUAAAUAAGACACGUUUUAAAGUUAUGUUAUCCUUUGCCCUUUGUUUGUUUGUUUGAUGACGUCACUCGGUGACGUUUUUCCCUUCCAUGUCUCUUUCGUUUUCCGUUUUUGUAAACAUGAAAUUGUAUAGUUAUUUUCUUCCAAGUCACUGUAUUCUUUGUUUCUUGGUAUUUAUCUCCUAUUCCCCACAUUCGUUAUUUUGCCUCCACUUUGUACAACCAUAUCCUAUCCUCUAUUUUUUUAAAUCAUAUUUAUCCUUGUUAUUGUACAUUGAUCGAUCACCCUGCCCCCCCACCCCACCCCUACCCCCUACUCUUUUCCAUUGUCCCCCCUCCUCCUCCCAUUCCUUGCUUUCGUUUUCUUUACUUUGUCGUUCUUCCUUCCCGUUUUCUUUACUUUGUCGUUCCUCCUUCCCGUUUUCUUUACUUUGUCCUUCCUCCUUCCCGUUUUCUUUACUUUGACUGGUAGUUGUUAAGACCCGUUUUAUUACCUUCAUGUAGACAACCUGCCGUUCAUAUAGAAGGAUGUUACUAUAUUUUGGAUAAUAAAUAUUAUAAAUGAA